AUUCAUCUUUAGUUUUCAACGUCGAAUCACCGAUGAAGCUGAGAAAGCAGAAGGGGUUUAGUAGUAUUCGUUUUUAUUCUAGCCGAUUUUUAUCUUUUCGAACCUUCUUCAUUUAUAUCCGUGAAGUGAUUCAUCGAUAAAAUGAAGAAAACUUUUUUCCCCACCCGAUGUCCCUUAUUUCGGUUUGGAACGCUCGUUUCUUUCAACUCUAAAUUGGCAGCCUUUUUUGCUGCGGGGUCGGACAGAGGUAGAAAACAUCCUAUUUUUCCAAAUUACCACAGAAUAUUGAUUGUUUUGCGAUUUCCGGCCGAAAAACUGCUUUUGGUCAACAGUCAGCAGGAGACGCUCUCCACGGGAGAACACGCCGUGGGGAAAAUCUAUGCACUUCAUUACUAUAGCAUACUACUUAUGUAUGUACUGUCUUAACAACAUGUGCAUAUCAACAAGCGAAACCCUUCCAAGUCAGAAGUUAUGCACUGUCCCAUAAUUUACUGAUUACUGAUGAGUUAAAGCUCAAUAAACUGAUUAAGAAAUGGCUGACAAAUGUGAUGUGGAAAACAUAGAAGCAGGCUUGGAAGAUUUGGAUAUUGAGUCGAAUUACGUUCCACCACCCGAAAAAUCAAUUGAAGAAAUUAUAUCCGCCGAUAAAGAGGAUGAGAGCCUUCAGAAGUACAAACAAGCACUGCUGGGUGCGGCAAAAGAAGGAGCAGUGAUUGUUGACCCAAACGAUGAGAGGAAAGUUAUUGUGAAAAAGCUGGCACUCUGUGUUGAAGGUCGAUCAGACUUAGAACUGGACUUAGAAAAUACACCUUUAGAACAGCUUAAAAAACAGGUGUUUGUAAUAAAGGAAGGAAUAUCAUAUACUAUCAGAAUAGAUUUUAUUGUACAAAGAGAAAUUGUUCAUGGUUUAAAAUAUGUUCAAAAAACCUUUCGGCUGGGCUUGCCAGUCGAAGUUGAUAAAAUGUCUCACAUGGUUGGGUCUUAUCCUCCCAAGAAGGAAGUUCAAUCGUACACUACCCCACCGGAAGAUGCCCCUUCAGGGGCGCUGGCCCGUGGCUCAUACACAGUGCAUUCUCUCUUUACAGAUGAUGACAAACAUCAGCAUCUAAAGUGGCAAUGGGCUUUUGAUAUCAAAAAGGAUUGGGAUGAUUAGAUUAGUGUUUUAUAAUAACACAUUAUCAUUAAAUCUUCAUAACCUUG